CGAGCGUUGUUAUCGUUGUUAUGAUUCAAUAUGGCGACCGUAGUUUUGUGUUACUCAUUUUAAUGAAAAAAAGGAAAAUUUGUUUGAUUUCUUCGUUAAAAAAUCGAAAUUUUGCAUUUACUCGAUUCUUUCGGACUUGUAUGAGUGCGCGAAUUUAUUCUAGAACGUACGAAUCGGUGUUUAAUAAAAACUCCUGCUAAAACAGUGUAUUAGAAAUUAUACACAAAGGUUGUGAUUUUUAGACCAAUAUUAUAGAAAUAUUGGGAGAUUUGAUAUAAUAAACUGGCUAGAAUUUACUUAAGGAAGCGACUAUCUGUAAGCGAAAGCCGGCAACUUUAGUGUUUAUAUAGGAAAAAGCGUAAUGUGGGAAAUUUGCCAGUAUAGUGACAAAGAUUAAACAAACCUCCAGUCAUGACAGAUACAAGACGCAGAGUUAAGCUAUAUGCACUAAAUGCAGACCGCCAGUGGGAUGACAGGGGAACGGGACAUGUAUCUUCAUCUUAUGUGGAUCGGUUGAAGGGUAUAUCACUGUUGGUGCGCGCAGAAAGUGAUAAUUCUUUACUGUUAGAAUCCAAAAUUCAGCUUGAUACGGCUUAUCAAAAGCAACAGGACACUUUAAUUGUAUGGUCGGAGGGUGAUAAUUUUGAUUUAGCUUUAAGUUUUCAAGAGAAGUUGGGUUGUGAUGAAAUAUGGGAGAAAAUAUGUCAGGUUCAAGGCAAAGAUCCAUCAGUGGAAAUUACACAGGACAUUGUCGAAGAAUCGGAAGACGAGCGUUUCGACGACAUGUCGGACUCGGCCCCGCCCAUAGAACUGCCUCCCUGCGAACUGAACCGCCUGGAAGAAAUCAGCGACCUCAUCAGCAACUGCCUGCGGACGCCCAUUCGAAAGGAGAAGCUGGCCGCGGCCCUGGCCUCCGUCAUCGACAACGAGGGCUACAUCCGCAAACUGAUCAACCUGUUCCACAUGUGCGAGGACCUGGACAACACCGAGCGACUCUACCACCUGUACGACAUCUUCAAGAACAUAUUCCUGCUGAAUAAAAACGUUUUGUUCGAGACUAUGUUCAGCGACGACUUAAUAUUCGACGUGGUGGGUUGUCUGGAGUAUGAUCCGUCGUCUCCUACCCCGAAACGUCACAGGGAAUACUUGAAGCAACAGGCUAAGUUUCGCGAGGUGAUACCCAUUAAAAACGCGGAACUCUUGGCGAAGAUCCACCAGACCUUUCGGGUCCAGUAUAUACAGGACGUGGUACUGCCUACUCCAUCGGUUUUUGAGGAAAACAUGCUCUCCACGUUGAGCAGUUUUAUAUUUUUCAACAAGGUCGAAAUUGUAUCGUUGGUUCAGGAAGACGAGAAGUUCCUUACUGAGCUCUUCACUAUGCUGACUGAUCCAAGCACGCCGGACACUAAGAGAAGGGAUUUGGUGUUGUUUUUAAAAGAGUUUUGUAAUUAUUCUCAGAACUUGCAGCCGCAAGCCAAGGAGUCGUUCUAUAAGACUUUGACGUCGUUGGGGAUAUUGCCCGCUCUGGAAAUCACGCUGGCCAUGGAGGAUCAGAAGACCAAAACGGCCUCCAUCGAUAUUCUGACUUAUAUCGUGGAGUAUUCGCCGUCGGUGGUCAGAGAGUAUACGUUGCAGCAAGCCAGUAACACUGAUGAGGUAAGCGAUCAAAUUCUGCUUAACAUCAUCAUUGAACAAAUGAUCUGUGAUUCCGACCCAGAAUUAGGCGGCGCUGUCCAGUUGAUGGGCGUGCUCAGGAUAUUACUGGACCCGGAAAAUAUGCUCGCCUCGGUGAACAAAUCGGAAAAGACGGACUUUUUAAACUUUUUUUACAAACAUAGUGUUCAAAUUUUAAUAGCGCCUCUGUUAGAUAAUACAAUAAACGAUACGCCACAAAAAGAAGACUACCGGAGCGUCCAAUUAUUGGGACUUAUUUUGGAACUGUUGUCGUUCUGUGUGGAACAUCAUACCUACCACAUCAAGAACUGCAUCUUGAACAAAGACCUGCUGCGCCGGAUAUUGGUUCUGAUGAAGUCAACGCACAAGUUUCUUGUUCUUUGUGCAUUGAGGUUUAUGCGCAAACUGGUCGCCCUCAAGGACGAGUUUUACAACCGGUACAUAAUCAAGGGCAACCUGUUCGCGCCCGUCGUGGACGCCUUCAUCCACAACAACGGCAGGUACAACCUGCUCGACUCGGCCAUUAUCGAAAUGUUCGAGUUCAUCAAACUGGAGGACAUUAAAACGUUGUGCUCGCACGUGGUCGAGAACUACGGUCGACUGCUGGACAAGUUCUGUUACGUGCAAACGUUCAAAGCGCUGAAACUGCGGUACGACCAGCACCAGGACAAGAUGAAGGAGCGAAGCGACGGGGUUCCCUCGAUUCUUCGCAACAGUCGGUACAGGCGCGACCAACGCCAGAUGGAGGAAGAGGAAGAAAUGUGGUUUAACGAAGAUGAUGCGUUCGACCACAGUCACGACGCAUUCGAUCACAGUCCCUUGGAGAAAAAGUUGGAUUCCGAACUGGAGAGUAUAGGUGAUGAAAAAACGACGGAGAAGAGUUUAGAGUCGGAGAGUAUGGAAAAGAAUUUGUAUUCUGAGAGCGUGGAAAAGAGUACGGUCGUUUCGGAUAAUAUACUAAUGGAUAAGGACUUCGGUUCAGAGAUUAUUAAAAAGAAUUUGUAUUUGGAAAGUAUAUGUGUCAGAGUGAAUGAGAAGAAAUCGUCUCCGUUCCGAACACAAUCUAGUACAGAAGUAAAUGGGCCUAGUAAGCAAUUGAACAGUUUUCCUACGUCGCCAAAGGCAGCGUCGCCGCAACAGCCGGUGUUAAAUAAUAACGUGACGUCUCCACAGGGGGCGCCAGGCAACGCGCAGAAAGCACCCGAGAACAAAGUCGCCAUCUUCAAAAGGGUAAGGGGUUUGGUGGAUUACGAGGGCGGCGAUUCGGACGAGGAGGACGAGAGCGACACCGGCGGGGGCGGGGAGAACGGCAGCAAAAGGCCACGCCUCUUGUAGUGACCCCCGUCCCGUUCCGUCUAGGAACGCCCCGUACUCUACGUCGUCGACCAGGAAGGUUAACCAAAUAUUGGAGCAAUAGGAACGAAACUAAAAAAAAAUUGGUGUUUAUAGUUACGAAUCAAAGGACGAUGUUUGAUUGUUGGUUCAAACAUUGCAACAUAUACAUAUAAAAAACGCAAGAGACAAAAUCCUAUAGAACAUUGUGAAUUUUCCUUUAGGCUAAGACAUACUAUUAGAGGUAGAACAAAGAGUAAUAGCGUUUAAAUAAUGUCAAAAAAAAAA